CCGGGGUCCCCUCGUCUCGGGCCCCGCCUCCGCGCGGGCCCUCCCGGAAGCCCGGCGGCGUGUACACGCAUGGAGCGCGAGCCACGCGCCUCCGAGGCCGCCCCCGCGGCGGCCGCGCUCUUCGCCUGGGGUGCAAACAGCUAUGGGCAACUUGGCCUUGGCCAUAAGGAAGAUGUGCUUUUGCCCCAGCAACUGAAUGACUUCUGCAAACCUAGGUGUGUCAGGAGGAUCACCGGAGGAGGGGGCCAUUCUGCAAUUGUGACAGAUGGAGGAGGCCUUUUUGUUUGUGGCCUGAACAAAGAUGGGCAACUGGGGCUUGGUCACACAGAUGAUGUCUUGUAUUUUACCCCCUGCAAAUCCCUCCUUGGCUGUGCCAUCCAACAGGUGGCCUGUGGCUGGGAUUUUACCAUUAUACUCACAGAAAAUGGUCAAGUUCUAUCAUGUGGAUCCAACUUCUUUGGCCAGUUGGGAGUUCCUCAUGGACCUCGAAGAUGUGUGGUGCCCCAGGCCAUUGAGCUCCUGAGAGAGAAGGUUGUUUGUAUUGCUGCUGGACUGAGGCAUGUGUUAGCUGCUACAGAAGUGAGCGGCAUUGUGUUCCAGUGGGGGACUGGUUUGGCAUCAUCUGGACGACAGUUGUGCCCUGGGAAGACUCUCCCAUUAUUUUUGACAGCAAAGGAACCAAGCAGAGUUACAGGUCUAGAGAAUUGUAAAGCAAUACGUGUUGUUGCUGGUUCAGACCACUCAGCUUCAUUAACAGAUGCAGGAGAGGUGUAUGUUUGGGGAAGCAACAAGCACGGGCAACUGGCUACCCAGGCUGCUUUCCUUCCCAUGCCUCAGAAAAUAGAAGCACAUUGUUUUCAGAAUGAAAAGGUCACUGCCGUCUGGAGUGGGUGGACACACCUCGUUGCUCAGACAGAAACUGGCAAGAUGUUUACCUGGGGCCGAGCAGACUAUGGCCAACUAGGGAGGACGUUGGAGUCUCAUGAAGGCUGGAAACUAGAAAGGCAGGAUUCGUCUCUCCCCUGCUCAAGACCACAGAACAGCAUGCCUUCAUCUCUGCACUGCUUAUCGGGAGCAACUGAGGUCUCAUGUGGCUCAGAGCAUAAUUUGGCAGUAAUUGAGAACAUGUCUUCGGUGAUUCAUGGUCGUGGAAAAAAGAAAGAAGAAAGUAACACUUUUUCAAGACACUUGGACAACUCUGAUGACAGUUGGCUUCACCCCCACUUUACAGAUGGUGGGGCAUGUUACUCUUGGGGCUGGAAUGAACACGGCAUGUGUGGAGAUGGCACUGAAGACAACAUCUGGGCCCCAAAGCCUGUGCAGUCUCUGUGGUCGUCACCAGCACUCCUUGUGGGCUGUGGGGCUGGCCACUCCCUGGCCCUCUGCCACCUGCCAGCAUGCCCUGCACCGAGCCAGGAUCCCAAGGUCACCUACCUUUCCCCAGAUGCCACCAAGGACACUGAAUCUCAGGAAGCCAUGGAUAAAGAGGGAAACUGGAAGGGAAGAUAAUCAGAAACUUCAACCCAAAGCCAAUCUGACAGGUCUAUAAAUGGGGGACUGUAAUAGAGAACUUUGAAUAAAGUGUCUUUCCCACCAAAA